AACAUACACUAGAUUUCCGGGUUGGGUAAAAGGCUUCUGCUGUGACGUAGGUUAUUUGUUACUUUCGGAGAACCUGUGAUUGGCCGACGCGUCUCACACUGACGUAUGAGUCAGUCUGCAUCAAAAUGGCGAUACACCUGUCUCUAUAACGGUGAACGGCUCUAUUUUUGCGCGAUUUAGUUCAUUAUCACGUUCUGAACCGAGAGAGAAUUAUUAUUAGAGGGCGCCUCCGUUCACUAUGUCUACGGAGGAGCUUUCAGCCUCGGAUAGCGAGGCCGCGCUGGCCGGCUCCGGCGAGCGCUGGGCGCCGGUGGGCGCGGUGGCCAACCCCGAAGAGGAGCGCGCGAGUGGCGGUCAGCCUCGGCGGACAACCUCGGUCGGCGGAGGCGACGUCGACGACGAAAUGGCAGGGCGGCUGAGGAAGCUGGAGGAGGAGCAGGAGUUACUCAAUUCGUCGCUGCUCGCGCUCACGUCGCACUUUGCCCAGGUGCAGUUCCGACUCAAGCAGAUAGUCCACGCGCAGAGCGACGAGAAGGAAAAGAUGCUCACCGAGUUGGAGGAGUUCGCCUUCCGGGGAUGCCCACAUGUGCUCGGCUGCGGGCCCCGGGACCCCCAGCACCUCCACAACACGAGCGAACGGGAGAAGCGAGAGCGUCUGGAAGCUCAGCGAGAGAAGCAAAAAGAUCUCAUCGUCCAGCUCAAGACGCAGCUGGAUGACCUGGAGCGCUUUGCCUACCAGGAGGGCAGCUACGACUCGCUGCCUCAGUCGGUUGUCAUGGAGCGGCAGAAGGUCAUCAUCGACGAGCUGAUCAAGAAAUUGGACGUCAACCUGAAUGAGGACAUCGGCAACCUGUCGCCCGAGGAACUGCGGCGGAGAGUGGACACCGCCAUCGCGCAGAUCGUCAACCCAGCGCGGGUGAAGGAGCAGCUGGUGGAGCAGCUCAAGACGCAGAUUAGAGACCUGGAGAUGUUCAUCAACUUCAUUCAGGAUGAGGUGGGCAACCCUCUACUGGGCGGCGACGACGACACAUGCGGUCAGCAGCCUCUAGCUGCCAAGGCCAGAACCCCCAGGGGGAAGAGGACUGCGGACCCGGAGCAGGCACGGAAGAUGCGUGAGACGGGCCUGCAGCUGAUCCAGAAGGCUCUGGCAGUGCUGCAGAUCUUCGCCGUUAGCCAGUUCGGCUGCUCCGCCGGCCAGGCUCCGUCGGGCGUGUGGCCGCAGGACUCUGCGCAGCGUGACUACGGUCCUCUGCUCCGCCGUCUGGAGGCAGCUGUGGACAAGGUCCGUGUGCUGGGCUCGCGCCACCAGCCCGGCACGGACCACGUGGUCAACUACACCGGGAACUCCGCUCUGGGACCACGCGACGAGCUGACCACGUGCGUACGCAAGGACUUGGCCUUGGUUCUCAAAGACUUGCUGGCUCACGGUCUGGUGUCGCCGUCGCAGACCGUCAGCCUGGUCCUGGCGCCCAUCUCCUGCUUUCUGCCCCACCGGACUGCCGGCCCCCAAACCAUACACCCCUGGGAGCUCUUUGUCAAAUACUACCACGCCAAAAACGGCAAGGCCUUCGCAGAGUCGCCUGCCCGCCAGCUCUCGCAGUCCUUCAGCCUGCCGGUAGGGGACGGUCCGGUGACCGUUACCCCCAAACAGUCCCUGCUGUGGGCCAUCCACACGGUUCUGAAGGAGCACGGGCGCUACAAGCGAGGCCCCGACACGGAGUUCAAGGCACUGGUGUGCAUGGCGCUCAACGAGCAGCGGCUGGUGUCGUGGCUCAACCUGCUGUGCAAGGCGGGCACGCUGGUGCACCCGCACUACCUGGCCUGGAGCUACAUGGCGCAAACUGGCUUCGAGGGCGCCCUGCGCAUCCUGGGCCGCAUCAGCCACCUCAAGUUUGACCUGCCCGUCGACCUGGCCGUGCGGCAGCUCAAGAACAUCAAGGAUGCUUUCUGAGCAUACCCGACCGACGCUAUCAAUGGAGAAGGCCAAAUCACAAAUCAAACAAUUAUAAAGUAUUAUGUGAUUAAAAUGAGGGAUUAAAACGAGGGAUCUUAGGUUCUGUACAUACAUUAACUCGUUUUGAAACUUAUCUCUAAUUAAGCCAGUCAAUCUUUCCUGUCUGAAAAUCAAAUGCGGCCCUCGAGCACCCACCCCGUGACAGCUUUCUGAUUAGCCUCAAAAUUCUGCUACUGACAGAGUACAAAAGUAUCUCGACCCUCAUGGCUGACAAUCCACAAAUGAGGAGGCACUUGCACAGUGACUGACUUUGCUGCUUUUCUUAUUUCAUUGAAAAAGAAUUAAUGUGACAUGACUGUAGGUAUACCAUAUUGGUUGUGUCAAGUCUAUCUUCUCCUUGAAUGUAAACACCGUCGCGGCUGUUAGAGUGCUACCUACACACGUGUCGUAUGUUUUAAAGUGCUAACAAGGACACCAGCAACAAGUCAGACCAGAAAAGUAGAAAAUGUUUUAUAUUAUUGUUAUUCUAUAUUCUAUAUUGUUACUUAUGCAUCGAGAUGUAUUCAUUUAUUGGACCAUAUCAGCAUACUUGUAAAAGCAGCUGUGGAGUGGGAGAAACAGCAAUGUGUACAUCUUCUGUUAGUUUAGACCAGGGGUGUCAAACUCAUUUUUAUUUUGCACGCCGCAUUGUAGUCAUAGCUUCUUUUGGAGGGCCAUUAUGACUGUCAACCCAAAUAAAUGUACAGUGCCUUGCGAAAGUAUUCGGCCCCCUUGAACCUUUCAACAUAUUGCCACAUUUCAGACUUCAAACAUAAAGAUAUAAAAUGUUAUUUUUUUGUCAAUAAUCAACAAAAAAUGAAGUGAAACAAAAUUCAUUGGCUAAUUUAAACUUUAACAAAUAAAAAACUGAAAUAUGUAGACCAGGGGUGGCCAACCAGUCAGAGACUAAGACUGAGCCAUAUUAUACACAUGAGCACACACGAACCUUUUUUUUUUAAAUUACGGUAUUCUGAUUUCACAGAUAGGAAAUGACCAAAUGGUCAUGUGACAAGUUCCCGCCUUUCCGGGCAGUAUAAAACAUGCUGACCUGGAGAAGGAAGCUGUUGUUUUAUCUGCUGCCGUGCCUCGUGCAUUGGCCGCCAUUAAACAACCCACGAUCUUGCCAAUAAAGAAACAACUCUAUACUCCACAUCUUCUGUGUUCCUGGCUCAACUUCGGACAUUCCCGCACAACACGCAACAGUUGUCACUUGUUUUUGUACGUUCUUUUGUGCGGUUUUUAGUUUGUAAAGACUUCUAGCUUGUAUUUUUGAUUUUAGCAGAUGCACUGAUCGGUUGGCACUUUUAAAUUUCGUUGUACGUGACGAUGACAAUAAAGAUCGCUUCUAUUCUA